AUGAGCACAGCCCUGCAGAUGACAGCCUUUGCUCUUGCUCUUCUCUCAACCCUCUUCUUGCUCCUUGCCACGUGCACGGAUUGCUGGAUGGUGAAUGCAGAUGACAGCUUGGAGGUAAGUCACAAAUGCCGGGGGCUUUGGAGGGAGUGUGUCACCAACAUGCAGGAUGGGGUCAGGACCUGUGACCAGUAUGACUCCAUUUUGGCAGACCAUCCAGUGAAGAUUGUGGUGACAAGGACCUUGCUGAUCACAGGGGACCUCCUGGCUGGCCUGGCUUUGGCUACAUUGAUCCUUGGACUUGACUGCAUCAAGCUCCUCAAGGAAGAGCCUCAUGUCAAACUGAAGAUGUGCUAUGGGGCUGGUGUCAUCCUUGGUGUUGCAAGCCUUCUGGGUUUGGUGGGCUCCGUGUGGUAUGCAGUAGAUGUGUAUGUGGAGAGGGCCACGCUGGUGUCACACAAUAUAUUCCUGGGAGUCCACUAUGACUUCGGGUGGUCAUGCUGGCUGGGGAUGGCUGGUUCAACGGGCUGCUUGAUGGCAUCUGUUCUGCUGACCUGCUGCCUCUACACCCGCGCAGACCCCAGCAGCCACUGGCAACCCAAGAGGCUUCCCCAGCCCCGAACGACCACCAGCAAGAUGUAUGCCAUGGACUCCCGUGUGUGA